AGAAAAGUUCCGCCUCUCUAUUCCUUCUCUCUAUGAUAGAGGAACGUGCGGCUCCGCUAGAGAUGGGAGAUUGCUGGGACUUUUCUUAGCCUAUAUAAUUACUUAUUUUUAAAGUACUGGGCCUCUCUAUCUCUGCCUAUUCCUCCCAAGUGUCUAUGGUCCAGUUAAAGGGGCCGCUUGGCUUUCAGAGCUGCGGGAUCCCGAGAUGCUGCUUACGGUGAAGGCGCUCCAAGGCCGGGAAUGCUGCCUCCAGGUCUCCCCGGAUGAGCGCAUCUCCUCUCUUAAACGCCUGGUCUCAGAGAAGCUGAAUGUUCCAGUAUCUCAGCAGCGUCUGCUUUUUAAAGGCAAAGCUCUAGCAGAUGAACACCGUCUGUCUGAUUACGCCAUUGGGCCCGAGUCGAAGCUCAACCUCGUGAUCAAGCCGCUGGAGAAGGCAUCGCCUGAGGAGCCUGGCCGCAGAAUUGGCCCCCCACAGAGUCCUGCCAUCUGGCACGCGCUGGCCCAGGUCCUGGGCAGGCAUUACAGCGUGGCUGAUGCCGAGAAGAUCCUGGAGCAACUGCAGAAGGAUUAUGAGCGGAGUCUCCGAUUGCUGAGCUUGGAUGACAUUGAGCGCAUGGCUACCCGCUUGCUUCACCCUGAGGUGGCUGAGGCUGUAGAAAUGGGCUUCCUGGAUUAGCUGUUGAACUUGGGGAGUGAGCCCUGUCUGCCCUGUUGGACAGAGAGCCCCCGGGCGGGGCCCAAUUUGGGGGCUUAAUGGGAGCGAUCCCUCUGGACUGCUGUUAAAGGGGCGUAGAGCAUCUGUAACCACUCCCCAUCCAUUAAAGGUGGUGAUGGGUGAGACUGAUCUGCUAUGUCUGAUGUGUUCAGUGAGGGAAUGAUGUUUAUAAAGAGAUUGCUGGCCCAGUAUUGAGAGAUGGAGCUACCUUUGGGGUUAGGGACAUCUGUGCUUAUACAUGGAUUUCUUGUUAAUUGCCAGAGCCCAGUUGCAUCGAAUAUUCAUAUUUAUUGUUUUAACUGAAGCCCAUCUCGAGAGUAAUGUUAUCCAGAAUUUGCAGGCUGAAAAUCAAUUCUGAAUCAUUGAAAUUAAAAAAAAAACCUUAGUAUUGCUGGUCU